UGUGAUAUCGGCAUUCGGCUGUCAUUUUCAUUAGUCUUUUGAAUAACGUCCUGAAAAAAUAAAAAAUUUCUGUAACAUGGCUGGCAAAAUUUUAGCGAUUAAAGAUCAAGUAAAUGAGUCCCUUCAUGACACAUCCAAACCAUGGACGAAAUGUUUCGAAGAAGCUGAAAAAAAAUCAGGAGUAGACAGACUCUACAUAUUUGUGGGUGUAAUCGGGAUAAUAGGAGCCUGGCUUGUGUUUGGCUUUGCUGCUCAAUUAGUCUGUAAUUUUGUGGGUUUUAUUUAUCCAGCAUAUGCUUCAAUGAAAGCUUUAGAAUCAAAAAAUAAGGAUGAUGAUACCAAAUGGUUGACAUACUGGGUAGUUUUUGCCUGUUUUUCAGUAAUAGAGUUUUUUGCUGAUUUUAUUGUGGGCUGGUUUCCCUUGUAUUGGCUCGUGAAGUGUUCUGUCUUCAUCUGGCUUAUGGUGCCAGGGUCUCUUAAUGGUUCCAUCAUUCUUUACAAUAAGUUCAUUAGGUCUUAUUUUCUCAAGCAUCAGAAAUCUGUUGAUGAUGCUAUUGAGAAAUUAGUGAAUGCAGGUGCUGAAGGUCUCUCAAAACUUGAGAAAAAAGGCCAUUAAUCUAAUAACACCGACUUAAUAUUCUAUUUGAAUUAUCAAUAUGAUAAUAACAUUGGGGGCUGUUCAGAGUAUUCAGAAUUUUCCAUAUAAUUUUUCACAUUGUAUGCUUUCUAUAAUCCCAAAUUCUGAUAUGGAUAAUGAUAAACAAGCACAAAUAUUCAAAUAGGAAAACAGUAU